CAGCCAGAGGAGGAGGAGGAGGAGGAUGAUGAAGAAGCUGUGUGUCCGUCAGUGUGGAGCUGAUCUCAGUUCAGUGCGUCUGAGCUGAAACUGGAAACUUUCUGAUGCUUUUCUGACUCCUGAGCUUCUUCUUCUUCUUCAUGCACCUCUGAGCAGACUUCCUGUCCUGCCUCCAACCAUGAGUGACAUCUAUGAGUCAGCGGCCAACUCUCUGGGUUUGUUCAGCAGUCCAUGUCUGACCAAAGUGGAGCUGCGGAUAACCUGCAAAGGGAUCCCAGACCGAGAUGCUCUGUCCAAACCCGACCCGUGCUUCGUCCUCAAGAUGCAGUCCCACGGACAGUGGAUGGAGGUGGACCGGACGGAGGUGAUUCGCAGCUGUGUGAACCCCACCUACUCCAAGGUCUUCACAUUGGACUUUUAUUUUGAAGAGGUGCAGCGUCUGCGUCUCGAGCUCUACGACAUCAACAGCAGCCACAACGGCCUGAAGGAGGCCGACUUCCUGGGCUCAGUGGAGUGCACGCUGGGACAGGUGAUGUCACAAAACCGAAGAACCAAAGCACAGAUUUCCACUGGGAGAAAGGCGGGCGGGACAGCAACAACAAUCACAGCAGAGGAGCUCACCGGGAACGACGACUACAUUGAGCUCUCGUUCAGUGCCAGGAAAUUGGACGACAAGGACUUCUUCAGUAAAUCUGACCCUUUUCUGGAGAUCUACAGGCUGAAUGAUGACGCCACGCUGCAGCUCGUCUACAGAACUGAGACUGUGAUGAAUAAUCUGAACCCGGUGUGGAAAACCUUUAAAGUUUCUCUCAACUCGCUCUGCAGCGGGGACCACGAACGCAAGCUGCAGUGCACCGUGUGGGACUGGGACUCAAACGGGAAACACGACUACAUCGGCGAGUUCGAGGCCACGUUCAAAGAGAUGAGAGGAGCCAUCGAUGGACGACAGGUUCAGUGGCCGUGCAUAAAUCCCAAAUACAAAACCAAGAAGAAGAACUACAAGAACUCUGGUAUCGUCAUCCUGAACCAGUGCAAGAUCAUCAAGAUGCACUCCUUCCUGGAUUACAUCAUGGGAGGCUGUCAGAUCCAGUUUACAGUAGCCAUCGACUUCACGGCCUCUAAUGGAGAUCCUCGUAACAGCUGCUCGCUGCACUACAUCCACCCGUACCAGCCCAACGAGUACCUGAAGGCUCUGGUGGCUGUGGGCGAGAUCUGCCAGGACUACGACAGUGACAAAAUGUUUCCAGCGUUUGGCUUCGGAGCUCAGAUCCCUCCUGACUACAAGGUCUCCCACGACUUUGCAGUGAAUUUUAACGAGGAGAACCCGGAGUGUGCAGGUAUUCAGGGUGUGGUGGAGGCCUACCAGGCCUGCCUCCCCAAACUGCAGCUCUAUGGUCCAACCAACAUCGCCCCCAUCAUCCAGAAGGUCGCCAACUCCGCCUCGCAGGAGGUCCACACCAAAGAGGCCAUGCAAUACUUCAUCCUGCUGAUCCUGACAGACGGCGUCAUCACCGACAUGGCUGACACGAGGGAGGCCAUCGUCCAGGCCUCCCACCUCCCCAUGUCUGUUAUUAUUGUUGGAAUUGGGAACGCAGACUUCAGCGACAUGCAGAUGCUGGACGGAGAUGACGGGAUCCUGCGAUCGCCUAAAGGAGAGCCCGUCCUACGAGACAUUGUCCAGUUCGUCCCCUUUCGUAACUUCAAACAUGCGUCUCCAGCUGCUCUGGCUAAAAGCGUCUUAGCAGAGGUGCCCAACCAGGUGGUUGACUACUACAACAGCAAGGGCAUCAAGCCCAAAGUGCCCAGCGAGUACCAGUCUUCCAGGCCGUUCGGCCCGUGAGCGCCGCCUCCAUAGCUGCUCCUGGACAGCACAACCUCUCCUGGACUGAGAAAAAUGUUUACUGUCUUUUGUUUGUUGUUGAUGUGGAUGUUAAAGGUGCUACACGUGGCGUUUUACCAUGAAGAAGUGGCUCAUGUCAGUGUACAGGCUAGACUAACAGGAAGUUUUGUUGGAUUGCUUUAUGGCACAAAACAGGUAGAAGGCGUUUCAUUACCUGUCGUCAUCUUUUAGAAACAGUAGUAAGAAGCAUUUGAAGCUGCUGGUCACAGAAGUGCUACGUUUAGUUAGGAUGCUCCCAGGGGGGAAUUGUAAAGAUAUCUUUACACUCACACAUUGGAUAUAACAGACAGAAGAAGUCAAAGUAGCUAACGUGCCAAUUCAAAGAGCAUUGUGAUAAAAUUAGGAGUGAGGACCGUGAUGCAAUGACAUAGAAAACCAGAAGGUUGUAAUGCAGAAAAGUUAAUCAUACAAAGGAUCCAACACAUAAUGUUUUUCAGACCUGAGUACAGGACAUAAGCGUGAUGCGACUAUAUCUUAGAGCUCAUGUGGGAGUAACUGUAAUUUCUAAUUUCUAAUUUUCUAACUUGUAAACAUCAUUCACGUCAUGAUCCAACUUUGAUCACCACUAGAAACCAGGGUUUACACUUAUUAGUAGCUUGUUUUGUAAGCAUAUUUGCUAACUAUGUAGCAUUACCUUUGAUAUGCUUUAAAGAAUUGUAGCUAACGUUUGUGUUUCUUUUGUUUUGUGAUAGUGUUUACAAUGACAGCCGGGUCACAUCAGCAUUCAUGACAGCAACAUUUCAGCAACAAAAAAGGUUCAUUUCCGUGGAAUUAAGAUGGAGGCAAAGUAAAUCUAUGCAGAGCUUUUGUGUAGAGGACAGUGUGUAGUGGACUUACAUGCAUGUUGAGGUAAAGACCAGUUGUUUUUAACGUAACAGAUGAAGCAGAGUCUGAAAAAGAGGAAGCUAUCAUAUUAGCUUUGUAGCACCAUCUAAUUUUGCAUACUUCUCUGUCAGAGUAAAACACUGCCAACACUUAUGGUACAAUCUCUUGAAUAAACUGUGAUAACGUUUAGUCCAAUUAGCAACUAAGCCAGCUAGUUUGCCAAACACAAGUUAGCUGACUGGUAGCAAGUCAGCUAGCCUGUUGAGCUAUUUUGGCUGGCUAGGGUCAGCAUAUUACUGUUUAGCUAGCAUGAUAGCAGUUAGCUCACCAGCCACAGUAGCUCGCCAACUAGGCCUGCAAGUAGUCCCUGUAUCACCAAGUUUCCAACACUGCCCAGUUUGUGGAUGCCGAUGACAUGACAGCUCACAAACUGUGAACACUGGGAUCUUCAGUCCCACAUCACAUCGACAUCAUAGAGAGCAGAGAGGUCUGAUGAACAGUAGCACUAAAUGUAUCAGUGAGGUGAGGAAGAACUUCAUCUCAUCUUGUGGUACAACUUAUGUUCCAUGUAUAAAAAUGCCAACUGUUGCACCUUUAGCAUCCACUGUGCAUGCGGGGCCUACAGAGGCUGAGCUGAUCGUAACCUUCAGGAGUGUUUUUACAGGAUGUGAAAAGCACACAAACACACAACACUGACCAACCCAAUCACUGCUUCCCUGCAGACAGCAUGACGGGCAGGGAAACAGUCAAUGAUGGAAUGUAUGAACCCCCCUCCUCACCCUCUGGUUUGGUUUUAUAAGAGUUUAUCGAUAUUUUGCUAAAUUUCGUAAGGUUCGUACGUUGUAAAGCAUUUUGGAUCUCUGCCAGAUGAACAAGCGAGCUGCCUUCACAGACGUCUGCAUCCUCUACUGUUUUUUUCUAAAGGCGAGGCAGAUGCAUGAACUGUUGUUUUGCAUGCAAAUCUCCAUGCAGGACUCCCCGGUCCUUGUGCUCUCUGUUUCCUGGUAGUGAGUAAUAUGAGUAAUAAUAAUGUUUACAAUGUACCCGAUGAUGGGGCUGUUCUACUCUCAAGCAUGUUCACGUGUAAACGAAAAUGUGUGAGUAGAUUUAAAAGCACAACCUGAGUAUCCUUGGAGAGAUUUCUAGAUUAUGGUGAUAGAUUUUGGUCUCUUUGUGCCACAACACCUGUCCAUCUCUCUCUGUCUUUGAGGAACUGAUUCAUUUUCUUUUGUUUUACUUGGUUUUAUUAAAUAAUUACUUCUGGGAUUUGGACCUUUUAAGGGUGCAACCAUAUUUGCAUCUUUCAGUCUAUAUUUCUUUUAAGUAAGAUCAUUUCCUGUCACUUGUAGAAAACCUUCAGUGCAAACUUCCUCAAAUCUACAGUUGGCUUUAAUCCUACAUCAGGAUCAGAUUUCACGCCCCACCUGCCGAUCCAUUUUCCACCACUCAUACAAAUCCAGGUUGCUGUGGCGGCACGCUAAACAAGGUAGUCCGGACAUCCUUAUACCCAGGUGUCUGUGAAGAUUUUCAUUCAGGUCAUGGUGUAACUAGAAGUGUUCAGUCAAAGGUGACUGGCACCAGUAAGGCUUUUGAAUGAUAGGCAUCUUCAAUAAUCUGACCGAAGUCCAUUUGCCUUUGACUAAGCACUACAAAACAGGGCAUUCACAGAAAAGUUUAUUUGUUGACGUCAUUGGCACCCCCUGGGAGGAGUCGACAAGUCGUGUGUUUUUUCCCUCUCUCUCUCUCUCUCUCUCUCUCUCUCUCUCUCUCUGUGUGUGCUUGUGUACGGAAUGCAAUCGCUGCCUCUGAUUACGCUGAUACUUUAUCCUUGACGGUGUACUAUAAGCGGAGCAGACUCUGCGAGGAAUGUCCGCAGUCAUUCGGGCUUUCAUAGUCGAGCGCACUUCCGUGUUGUAGUUUCCUGUGAAAAAUCCCCGCGAUGUGAAAAAUACAUGCCGAGCAGUCACUGGUGCGCGGAGCGGAGUCCGCGCGGUCGUAAAAUCUGAGCUUUGCGCACACAGGGCUUGCGGACGUCUGCUUUGAGUCCACGUGGACCCCCGCAGAGUCCAUUCCGCGUACGUUCCGCCCAAGUAUGUUCGGGGCUUGACAGACACACAUCACAUGUGUGGAGAUACUUCACUUUCCUCCGCCGUGUCAAUGUGAUGACGUCAUCAAAUGUCUUGUCGACUCGACUUGACUUUAUUGACAGAUAAGUCAACCUGAAAAAAAUCAAAGUCGUUAAUGCCCUACUACGAAAUAUAUCAUAUUUUCACGAGCCAUGUCGUCCAGCUUUUCCUGGGGAUUCUGAGUUGCUCCCUGGCCAGAUAAGAUUAAUGAUCCCUGAACAAGCUCUGGGUCUGAUUUCUUUUCUCCUUCUGGUAGGACAUACUGGGAAAAAACCUCCACAGGGAGGUGACCAGGAGGCAACUUAAUCAGAUGCCCAGACCACCUUAAUUGGCUCCUAUGAGGGAACAGAAGUAGAACUCUUUCUAAAUGUCAAAGCUCCUCAAUUUGUGUCUUUAUUGACAAUGUAAGCAUAAUCAAAUUCUGAUAAAGUCUUUAAGUCAGGAUCAAACUUCAUGAUCCAUCCAUCCAUUGUCACUUGUCUGGGUCCUGGUCUCAGUGGCAUGCUAAGUAAGGUAGUGCACAAGUUCUUCCUAUUCUCCAGCUCUCCCUGGGGAUCCAAAGGUUUUCCACAGUCAACUGGGACUAAUCCCUCAAACAAAUUCUAAGUCUGCCACAGUGUCUCCUCCCAGUUGGACAUGUCCAGAAAACUCCCACAGGAAGAUAUACAACAAGCGUCCUGAUCAGAUGCACGAAGCACCUCAACCGGCUCCUUUCAACAUGAAGGAGCAGCUGCUACUCUCAGCAUCUUUUGGAUGUCUGAGCUCUUCGCCCUGUCAGACACUGAAGGAAACUCAUUCCAGCUUCUUUUGUCCACGUUCUCACUCUUUCGGUCAUUACCCAAAGCUCAUGACCACAGCUGAGGGUUGGAAUGUAGACUGAGAGCUUUGCCUUCAACAUCCACAUUACUGCUGACCCACCAAUCAACCAGUCAACCUUAUUCAGAUCCGGGUCAUGGUACCAGACUAUGCAAGGCGGUCCCUUUCCUCAACCACAUCCUUCAAGUCCACUUUGGAUGAUCCCGAGAUGUUCCCAGGCCAGAUGAGAAAGGCAGUCCCUCCAUUGUGUUGUGGAUCUGCCCUGGGGUCUUUUCUCCUAGGUGGAAGUGCCUAGAGAACUUUAGCACAGAGGAACCACCUCAACAAGUUCCUUGAAAUGCAAAAGAGGUAGAGAAGGUUCUAGUUCAAGCUCUCCUGGAUGCCUGAACCCCUUGCCCAAAGUGUUACCAAAUCAGCCACUUGUGUCCACAAUCUCAUUCUAUAGGUCAAAACUCAUGGCCAAAGGUGAGUUUGAACGUCGAGAACUUGACCUUAAGACUCAACUCCCUUUUGUUGAAGCCCAAAAGGCUGUUAACAGUACCAUAUGGCUGAUCUAGUGUUCCAUCUUCCAUCUGAAGAUACUUGAAAUCCUUCAUCCGAGGCACUGACUCGCUCCCAACUUGAAGGGACCAAUCCACCAUUUCACUGUGUCAUGAUUUAAAUGGUUUGAUCUGACUGAUGUGGGGGUGUCCGCAUGAAAUAAACCUAGGGUAUAGUUUUAUUGGAUUCUUCUUGAAAAAAAAAAUAGCAAGUCCAAUUUUUGUCUUCUUGCACAAUUUCUAUGAAGUACUCCUGAAUUCCGGAUUCUGGACGUUCUAAUUAGCUUGUUUUACCUGAUCAGUGUUGCUUGCUAGUGCAUUAGCUUCAAAAGUUGCCAGAUGACUUAGAUUUAGAAAUAAAGUCGCUGAGAGGAUCUGAAAGGUCAUUAAAUCUAGUGAGAAAGUCAGUUAGUCUGCAACACUGUACCCGAUCAACUCAAACAACAUUGAUAGGAGUAAAAAUCUUGUCCCAUUAAUGACUUGUGCGAGUUACUUCAGGAACCUUACUGCAGAUUGCUUUUCAUGUGUUGCAUUUUGCAUUAAUACAGCAUUUUCAUAUUAUUUCAAAGUACUUCAAAGACACUUUCAAGUUUACUGUUUGAAUAAUUGAUUUAUCAUCAUCACAGGAAAUGUACAGGCACUUUGCAUUUUUUUCGUUCUGUUGAACAAAGACAGAAGAUGGCGGACAGGUGUUGGACACAUGACUUAUUGUUGUGUUAACAUGCAGUAUUGUGUGCAAAACAAUGACAAACUGACUUAUGAUAAUAAAAGUU